ACAGACAGGGUUCCCGCUGCGCAGAGGCUUUCCCAUCUUCUCAGGAGCGCGCUGCAUUCUUCUUAACGAUUAACUUUGAAGCAGUUAAUUAAAAAAAAGUUAAUAAUCUGAGCAUGUCAGCAUGGAUGUUAGAGCUCGACGAUUUAAGGAAAAAUAGAGCAAACUUGGAUAACAAGUGGUGUUGGCAUCAAGGAUCGGGAGAGAAGCGCAGUAAGAGUGAACAGUCCCAUCGCCGCAUGAGCGCUGGAGACGCAGAAGCGCACAGGUAAUCCACCAUAAACUGAUGGACAUCAGCAGCUCCUCCUUCAACAUGACCAACUACAAUGAGACAAUAAUGUCUGAGAAUACCAGCAGCACCAAUGGUUCAGACACAACCCCACCAAUGCCCUUCAGUGAGGUUACUGCAGUAAUCUACACUACUGUCUUCAUAGUGGGAUUCUUGGGUAAUGCAUUAGUUAUCUUUGUAGUUUCCCGCUACACCAAAAUGAAGACAGUGACCAACAUGUACAUUCUGAAUUUAGCCGUGGCAGAUGAACUCUACAUCUUGGGGAUCCCUUUAAUAGGGACCAACAGUGCGCUAUCCUACUGGCCUUUUGGUAAUUUCCUCUGCAAGGCAUCCAUGACUGCUGAUGGCAUGAGCCAGUUCGCCUCCACCUUCUGUCUGACGCUGAUGAGCAUUGACCGCUUCCUCGCUGUGGUUUAUCCUAUUCGCAGUACCAGAUGGCGAAAGCCCCGAGUAGCCAAGAUUUUAAAUGGCCUGGUGUGGGUUAUUUCAUUCCUGAUGGCGCUGCCGCUCACCAUAUUCUCGGGUGUGCAGGAUAAGUUCAACACAUGCAACAUAAGCUGGCCUGAGCCUUCAGAGAUGUGGUCACUUGCUUUUAUCCUCUACACAUCCGUCAUGGGCUUCUUCGGCCCUCUGAUUGUCAUCACCCUCUGCUAUCUAAUUAUUGUAAUCAAGGUGAAAGCCGUAGGCCUACGCGCAGGACUGACAAAGCGGCGCAAGUCAGAGCGCAAGGUGACUCGCAUGGUGGUGAUCAUCGUGCUGGUCUUUGUGCUUUGUUGGCUUCCCUUUUUUACCGUCAACAUUGUCAACCUGUUUUAUGUCAUACCCGAGAGCAAAUUCACUGCUGAACUCUACUUUUCCAUGGUCAUCCUCACCUACGUCAACUCCUGCGCCAACCCAGUCCUCUACGGUUUCCUCUCGGACAAAUUCAAGCAGAGCUUUAAAGAAGUGCUUUGCUUCUACAAGCAAGGGACUGCUGCAACUACAGACCUAGUGGAGAGCAGGCAGAAUGGCAAUAAGUCCAUCCAGAUGGAGGUUGUGAAGAGUCCUGAUGUUGAGCCUUUAACUGCAAAACCUGCAACGGACUGCCAGUAAUUUCUGUUUUGUUGCUGAUCCAAGUUGUGCACUGGUGGACCACAAGGCAUUCUGACAUUUUACCCAGGGGGCUUCAUACUGACAUGGAAUUUCCUGACUUUAUUUCGGUUUGCCCUGUUUUUCACUGUCACAUCUCUGCAGAGGCUCAUUGAACUGUCUGAGGACAGUUAUCUUACCAAUCACUGCAUUUUUUUUGUUACGUCUUUGUAAACUGCAAUGGACUGCUAGCAUUUUUUGUUGUUGUAAUAUAAGAUAUUUACAAGACUGUCAAAUAACUUUAAUCCCUUUAGACUUCAGUUUAUUGUUUGUUUAUAUGUGUCUGUUUUUAAGAAGAUAAUGCCUUUGUUUUAGUUUGCUGUCUAUACCAUUUUUUUUUUUUUUGUUGUUGUUGCAUAUUUUGAAUGACUGUUAUUUAGCACUGAAAGACAUCUUGAAAGGAUGCAUUAUGCUACAUGGCUCACCACUAAGCCAUGACCAAAUAAGGAUAGUUUGAUUUAUUUACUGGAAAUAAUCAACUGAUUGGUGGUACUCUAUGUGACUAGAAUGGAAAAGUGUGACAGAAGUGUUGAUGUCCUAAUAUAAAAUCCAGAAGAAAAUAUUUGAUUGGUAAGAACGAUCAAAUUUAAGACGACUUGUUGAUCGUUAUGCUUUGAUAAGACUUUGACAAUAUUCAGUCAUCUCCCCCUAAAAGGCAGCAUCGCUCGCCCAAACAAGGAGCUUCCUUUGCCCACUGGGCAGCUGAGAGCCUCCUUCCUCCAUAAACUCUGAUUGGACUGGAUCUGAAGGCAUCUGUUGGGAGCAAAACCAGCCCCAAUGGACCUCACAACAAUCUGGUACCAGACAUUCCAGGACACCACCAGAUGUUGUUUGUGCACAUUCUGACUUGUCAAAGCUUUAGUUUUAGGAGCAAAGAAAGAUCCUACAGAUCACAAUCUCAUCUAUAGCUUAUUGAUUCCAGCUGUUGUUAUAUGUCUUAUGUUGUCCAGUUCUCAGUUUGUAAUGUUUGCAGUAUUUUGUUGCAACAGAGAGAAAAAUGACCUCCUGGCUGCCAUUAUGGGGGCCUCGUUCUAGGGUUUUAUGUUGACUUGCAAAUUUUUUACACAUGUUUUAGUAAUGUGAAAAAUGUCUUCUGAAAAGACAGCCAAUUGUUUUGUUUAUUUUCUCUCUGUCUCAUUGACUUACCUCCAGUUUAUGCAGUAAGGGUGGGAUGAUACGUAUGACAUAAACAUAUUUUGUUUUUAUCUGUUUUUUCUACUGACACUGACCUUUCCUCACAAGUGUAUCCUCACCCCAACAAAAUGUUAAUAAUGUUCAUAAGAUGUUUGAAUUUGUUUGAGAAACUAACCAAGUAAAUAGGUCGAUUAAAUGACAAGACACAUCACAUUUAUAUGUAUUGGUGAAAAUGUGAAUUCUGAAAUAAAAGGUCAAUCUGAA